AUGGAGUGUUACUACAUUGUCAUCAGCUCCACGCAUCUCAGCAAUGGGCACUUUCGCAACAUCAAGGGAGUUUUCCGAGGUCCCCUCAGCAAGAACGGGAACAAAACUCUGGAUUAUGCUGAGAAGGAGAACACAAUAGCAAAGGCUCUAGAAGACCUAAAAGCCAACUUCUACUGUGAACUCUGUGAUAAACAGUACUACAAACAUCAGGAGUUUGACAAUCAUAUUAAUUCAUAUGACCAUGCUCAUAAGCAGAGGCUUAAGGAAUUAAAACAAAGAGAAUUUGCCCGAAAUGUAGCAUCUAAAUCCAGGAAAGAUGAAAGAAAACAGGAAAAGGCUCUUCAACGACUACACAAGCUGGCUGAGUUACGGAAAGAAGCCACGUGUGCUCCUGGAAGUGGUCCUAUGUUCAAGUCAACCACUGUUACAGUGAAAGAGAAUUUAAAUGAAAUUUCACAUGGAGAGAUGGUAGAUUCUGUUAAUAAAGAGGAGGAAUUCAAGGAUACCUUGAUUCACAGUUCUCAGAAUGCUAAAGAUGCUGAAGUUAUUGCUUCAGCUCCAGAAAACUCAAAUAAUCAUAUGUCAAAACCCAACAAUCUUGGAGACCAGGUUUCUGGGGUCCAUGGGCAGAAGGUUGGUUUUUCUUUUGCCUUUCCAAAGAAAGCUUCAGUGAAACUGGAAUCUUCUGCUGCAGCUUUCUCUGAAUACAAUGAUGACGCUUCUGCAGAAAAUGGUUUUAACAGAAGAAGUAGAUUUAUCCCAGGAGUUUGUCACCAUCUAUUGUCUUUGCCAACAGAAAUAGUUUUGAAUCCUGAAGAGAAGCCAAAUUCAUUUCAUCCCCUUGGGGAGAUGUGCUCUGAGAAAGAAGAAACUCCUCAAACUCCAGAGACAAAAGAACCUGUGAGUAAAGAUGAUUCUUUAUUAGUGCUCCCUUUUUGCCAGCCAAUACUCCCCUUGUCUGCUGAUUCUGAGGGCUAUGUAAAUCCAACUGUAUUACUAGAUCAGACUAAACCCAAAGAUGUCAUUAUUAAUCAAGACACAUCUAUAGACUCUGGUGAACCUGAACUAUUAGAAAAUAAAUCAACAACUACCGCCAUUGGUAAUGACAGUUUGUCUUUGCCUGCUAUCCAAGAAGAAAAUCUUAAGAAUCUCUACAGCGAUUCAUCCCUUAAUGAACCUGAAGGCAAAACAAUAAUGCAUGAUAUUUUGGUCCCUCCAAAUACUGAUGGGGAUACAACUUUGCAGAAUAGAGAGGAUUCAUGUCGAAGACCACAGGACCCUUUUGUACCUGUGCUUAGUAAGUAUGGAUCAACUGUUCUUCAAUGGCCAUCUGAAAUGCUAAUCUAUACAAGUACAGAACCAUCAAUUUCUUACAGCUGCAAUCCUCUAUGUUUUGACUUUAAAUCUACCAGAUCAAGCAAUAGUCUUGAGAAAAACAAGCAUAAUUUAAAUAUUCUUCAUUCUCAGCAGAUGACUGAAGAUUCUUGCAUGAGUCCAGAUAUAAAUUGCAAGGACGAUUCCAUUACAGAGGCCAAUGAUUAUGAAAUUGGAAGUAGUAAGAAUGAGUAUAACCAUGCCAUAUCACUUAUAACUGAUGAUAAUUUUAAUAAAGACUGUGGUUCUGUAAAAAGCAAGGAAGAGAUAGACACAGAGCUUGAAGGCGACCCAUAUACAACUGAAAAACCAGAUAACUUCAUCAUCACCAAAAAACAGAUAAGGCAAGGCACUACAGAUGAGAAACACAAUAAAACAUGGUUAAAGGAAACUCAUGAAAACUGGUUUCACAGAAGUAGAAAAAAGAAAAGAAGAAGAAAGUUAUGUCAGCAUCAUUAUGGGGAAGUAACUAAAGAAGAGUCAGAUGCUUCUUUCAAAAUGGAACCAGAUACCAAUCAUGCUGAUGUGGCAAAGAACCAUGAGUUGGAAACAAUUUCAGAAACAGACAGAGAUGAAUGUAAAACUAUAUGGCUAACUAAAGACCAAUUAGGAGAACCACAUGAAUUAUUGGACAAAAGACACAAAUCAAUGCCCAUCUAUCUACACAAGAAUAAAGGAAUGUGUAAGAUCUGGAAUGUGAAACAAAACAACAGUGAAGCUGUCAGUUCUAAAAAUUUCCAUAGAAAAAGCAAAGCUAUUUUGCAUGGGCCAACAAAUCAAAUGUUGUUCAAUUCUGGAAAACAUAACUUAACAUAUUCGAGAACAUUUUGUAGUUGGAAAGUCAGAACAGCUAGCUGUAGCCAUGAUCAUAACUGUUUAGUGCGCCAAAAUGAGGCGAAAUGCCUGAGUCAGAAUCCAUCCAUCAAAAGAGGGUACAAUUCAGUCAUUAAUGAACCAGACAGAUCUUAUCGAAAAAGAAGACAGUACACAAACUCUUGUUCCUCAGAUGAAAGUUUAUAUAGACAAAAUUGUUUAACUGAACCGCAUUUGAGACCAACAAGGACUUUAGCUAAGCCCCAUAAGCCUAAGAAGAAACGGAGGAGGAAAAGAACUAGACUUCAUUCUGGAUUUAGAGACCAGGAGCUAAGGGAGAAAAUAAGUUAUAGUUGUCUGAAAGAAAACUCUUUGUCAAGUAACCUGGGUGACUUAAUGACCCAGGAUGAAACAAAGGAAGCCAAACCACAACCCAUCCUCCACUUCGCAAGAAAUUCGGAACAAACAGUGGCAGAGGAAAAUAAGUUGACUCUGAACUCCUCUGGUUUUAUUCCUCCGGAAACUAAUAGAGAAAUAGAAUAUAUGCAAAUGGAGAAUAUUCCAGGAAAAAAUUCAGAAACUUUCAAACAUUCUCCAGACUCUGUGUUUGACCUCAAACAUUCUCCAGACUCUAGCAUGACUGAGCAAAAAGAAAAACAGGAAAGUGUAAAUAUUCACGAAAACCUCCCUCCUUUGAAGCUGCCUAACAUAGAAAGGAGUUUUGGUCCACCUCCACCCAAAUCCUACUUUUGCCAUUAUGAACUUGCUGAGGCCCUCCAGCAAGAGAAGAUGAAUGAAGCAGCAAGUGAAUGGCUUAGGUAUAAUUCAGGAAUCCUUAACAGCCAACCACCGUUACCAUUCAAAGAAGCACACAUAAACGGUCAUACCUUUUUAACUACGGAGCAGAUCCUUGCGCCAUUAGCAUUGCACGAUCAAACAUUACUGUUCCCUCUAGAAAACCAUGAAAAAUUCAAAGAUCUGCCCUGUGACGCGUACCAGCACAUCAUGCCCCCGAGCCUGCUGCCUACCAAGGUCAAGCUGACCUUUGCUCCACCGGCCCUGCAGCCAGUUAGCCCUCCCCUGCAGCCUUUGCCUUUGCAGCAGCCCCUGUGUUCUACCUCGGUCACCACCAUCCACCACACGGUCCUGCAGCAACACGCGGCUGCGGCGGCAGCUGCGGCUGCUGCGGCCGCGGCUGCAGGAACCUUCAAAGUGCUCCAGCCCCACCAACAGUUUCUGUCCCAAGUUCCGGCUCUCGCCAGAACUCCUUUACCUCAGAUCUCAGUAGGACCCAGACUUUGUCCUGCCGCUCACACGACUUUUGUUGCGCCUCCUCAGUUGCCUCUCAUUCCAUCUUCAGUCCUUCAUCCGGGCAACCUGGCUUUUCCCCCUCUGCCCCAUGCCCUUUUCCCUUCUCUGCUUUCUCCCCACCCCACUGUCAUUCCUCUGCAACCUCUCUUUUAG